CUAUAUCUUUUUCAGCUCCAUCAGGUUGGGUUCUUCAAGAAGAAAAUCUCAUAAUAGUUGCGGGUGUUGCUGGAGGCCUGGUAAUUCUCAUGGUACUAAUGGUGAUUACUGCAGCAGUUGUUGCGGUGAGAAGAAGAAUUUCAGCAAUUGACAAACCAGAUAUGGAUGAAAGGCAAAAUUUCGACGUGAGAGGACCAUCUGGUGACAGCAACAUGUGUAGUAGCAUAACUCCUAUUCUGCCCGCAGCUCCGAAUGAAUUGGAUCCACUGAAUGGGGGUGGUUCGCCCUGUGUCAUGAUUCCUCUACUGUCGGAAAUGAAAAAGGGUUCAUCUCCUCAUCAGCCACCUAUCAUCUCACCUCUCUUGCAACACAACUCAAAGAACUUUCACAGCAGAAGAUUUUUGCCUAAUAACUGUUCAGAUAUGUACAGGGUUCGCGACGUAUGUCAAGUGGACCAUGGGAAUAACGCAGGAUGAUGGAACACCAAACUUUGCAACUGACAGAGUAAGAC